AUGAAUCAACCGCCGGGUGAGGAGGAAGCCGGCUGUCUGACAUGCAGCCGGAAACCGUUGAACUUCUAUCGCAUUCGAGCCGAGCCGGAGGAAGAGGACCGAAAGCAGGACAUUUGCCGAGUGAUUUGCCAGCAUUUUUGGUUUCAGGAAGAUGAUCUACUGGAGGAAAUCAUCUGUAAAAUCUGCUGGGAAAAGCUGAGUGAAUUCCACGAGUUCUACUCAGAAGUGGAAAGACUUCACAAACGGGAUGCGUCAGCGGGGGUACUGGUCAAAGAGGAAGACGAUUCCGGGGAACCAAUUGUAGAGAUAAUUGAGGAGCACAUAAUACAGAACAAGGACGACAAAAACCCAUCAGCCAUCGAAGAGCUGAAAGUGGAACCCUCGACAGAAGAAUACCUAACUGAAACUCUCGAAGAGCUCGAAGAACUCAACGAUGAAGAUUUCUCCGCUGAGGAUGACGACAAUCAUUCCGAGUACGAACCGGAAGAGCCGCCUCCGGAACCUCGCCCGAAACGAAAGUACACUCGGCGAGCACCCGAAGAGAAAGCCAAAAAAGAGCGAAAAAGAUCCUAUCCGUACAAGGCAAAAACAACGGCAGAACGGGAAGCCGAAGAUGUCUUCAUCAGGCAACAUACGCCGUACGUGUGCGAGCACUGUAAUGUCGAUUUCGAGCAGUUCCACCUGUUUCAACGGCACUGCGUCCAGACCCAUGGCAAGGAAGGUUUCAUCGUGUGCUGCGGCAUACGGCACCGGAAGCGUACGGUGCUCUACCAGCAUGUGCAGCACGUGCUGAACCCGGAAGCGUUCAAGUGCGAGAUCUGCGGCAAAACGUACAAGAAUCGCUUCGGCUACAAUCGUCACAAGAAGGAAAGCCACGCGACAGAGGAAGAGCGGACCUUCAAGUGUCAUCGGUGCCCGAAGAGUUUCAUCAAAGAAGGCCCGUUGAAGCGACACCUGGCGGAUCACGAAACCUUGGAUAAGGGCACGGCCAAGUGUGAAACGUGCGGAAAGUGUUUCAGCAGCAUAGGGAUUCUGAAGAAUCAUGUCAAGUAUCGACACGUGAAGCAGAUGGAGUACAUUUGUGACGUCUGUUCCAAGGGAUUCUACAUGCGGUCGACGUUCGUGACGCACCGGAAGACUCACGAGGUGCCGGCCGAGCAGCUUCGCAAGCAGUGUCCGCACUGUUUCAAGUGGUGCAAGAAUCACGACUAUUGGCGCGUGCACGUCCGAAGGCACAAGAACGAGGGACAACUGAGCUGCGACGUGUGCGGACACGUCUCGCCCAAUCUGAUGGCCCUGAAAGGGCACAAGGCGCGGAUGCACUCCGGCCCGAAGGUGUUUCCGUGCAGUUUCUGCGGGAAGGAAUACGCCCGGGCCAUUACGCUGAAGGAACACGUGGCGGCUGCCCACACGGGGGACAUCCUGUAUCAGUGUCCGCACUGCGAGAAGACAUUCAACUCCAGCGCCAACAUGCAUUCGCACAGGAAGAAGAUGCAUCCGAAGGAAUGGCUGGAACAGCGUCUGGCCAAGUACGGGAACCGGGACGCGAUGGCCAACGAAGCGCUACAGGGUGCUGAACUGCAGCAGGGCGCAAUGGCUGCUGCUUCGGACGGGCAGCAGGGGGCGUUUUAA